GUAAUGUAAAAAAUGAAGGAUACUAAUCUUAAGUCAUUGGAUGAAUGUCAUUGAUAUACUGAGUUCUAUUACAAAUAUUCGACUAUAUCAAGUUUUACAAAUGCAUGGCCGAACAAUUUGUUCAACUUAUUAUCAUCGCAUCAGUUUUUAAGCUUAUUUAUGCUUAUAUUUAAAGAUACAUACAUGCAUAUAGUAAGGGCUUAUGUUUUACGCAUGGAAUGAUACAUGUAUCAUAUUCAUCGAGUCAUUUAAAAUGCAUUGAAUUCACGAAUUCAAGUCUUGGAUGGUAUUUGCCAUUUGGAUUAUAACGAAACUUGUGCGCGAGAGGUGUGUUUUUGAGACCAAAGUAAGUGAACAUAAACCACUCGAAAGUAAGCAUGGCGGACAAGACGGAAACAAAUAAACUAAAACCCAGCCGAUAUGAGACUUUCAGAAAUCCAGGAUUACAACAACAGAGGAAACCGGAAUCGAAAAUCUUCAACACCCCUAUGGCACUUGUUGAAAACAAAAACGGCAAGACGGCUUGCAAUCAUGAAACUUUAGCUGAGCUUAGUAAAAUAGAGAAAACCCUAAAUGUGGUGUCCGUGGUGGGAAGUCUUAGAACCGGGAAGUCCUUUCUUUUGAAUAAACUUGCAAAAGCAGAAUCAGAGAACGGGUUUGAGACCGGACACACUACAAAGGCCGUCACCAAAGGCAUUUGGGUGUUGUGUCGACCACAUCCAACACAAGAGGAUCAAGUCCUUGUUCUGCUAGACACAGAAGGAAUAGAUGAUCCAGAUAAGGUGGAGAUUACAGAUGAUUCAAUGGCUCUUCAUCUUAUCCACACUACUUAGCAGCACCAUGAUUUAUAAUACAAGAGGAAAUUUGGACAAAACGGCUAUAGAUAAAUUCAGAUUCCUAAAGGAAAUAAAAACAUCGAUUAACGUGAUAGGCUCUAAUACUGAUGAUUCAAUCCUAGAUUUUUUCUUUCCCACCUUUGUCCUUGCUUUGAGAGAUUUCACAUUAACCAUACGGGAGAAGACCGCCGAUGUUUUUUUUUAGAAGGCAAACUGAUGAUGCAGCGGGGAAAGUCGGACAAGAUACGCAUGUUUAAUGAACCGAGACAACUUAUUAGAAGAUAUUUCA